AUGCCUACUCACGGUGUGCCCCGAUACAAACCAGUUGAGAAGUCCGCCGAAGCAAGACAGCAGGAGUUGCAGAAGAUAGAAAACUACAAGGACCUCGAGCGUUUAGUAUCUGAAAAGAUUGCUGGACAUGACUACACAACCGAGACCUUGAAGAAGAUCUCGGAGUUGCUGUCUAGCAAUCCAGAAUACUACACAGUAUGGAACUACCGCCGGCAGGUAUUGCAGUAUCAGUUCUCCCAAGCAGGAGAUUCAGGCGAUGAGACUGCUGCCAGUUCAAUCGCACAAUUAAUCAUAACUGAUUUACAAUUCUUGAUUCCCCUUCUCAAGAGCUUCCCCAAAUGUUACUGGAUUUGGAACUAUCGUCUAUGGCUGCUGGAUGAGGCUCGUCGUCUAUUACCCACUUCCGAGGCCCGACAAAUGUGGCAGCAAGAACUUGCUCUUGUGGGCAAGAUGUUGACUCUGGAUAGCCGGAAUUUCCACGGGUGGGGUUACCGGCGCUUCGUGGUUGAGACAUUGAAGGAGCUUGGCACCGCGGAAGAAGCAACAAGCAUGACGCAGAAGGAGUUCGAAUAUGCAAAGAAGAUGAUCGGCGCCAACCUAUCAAACUUCUCCGCGUGGCACUACCGGACGAAGCUCAUCCAAUCGUUACUAGAUGAGCAAUCUGCCAGUGAUGACGACCGGAAAAGAAUGUUAGAUGAGGAACUAUCGCUCAUUCAUCAGGCUUUCAUUGAUCCAUAUGACCAGUCUCUUUGGUUCUAUCACCAAAAUUUGAUGAGUGUGUUUGACCCGUCCAUGGCUGAACGGACUAUGGCUCCCAAUUUGAGCUCAUCCGACCGGUUGGAAUACAUCAGAAAUGAGAUCGAAGAGAUUAAAGACAUGAUGGAUGGGGCAGAAGACUGCAAAUAUAUCUACCAGGCAUUGAUCGAGUGUACUCUACUUGCUUCCAAGGUGGAGGGCAGCUUAUCUUCUGAGGAUCGAGAGCAGAUUCUGAGCUGGCUUUCAGAAUUAAAGAAGCUGGAUCCACUGCGACGAGAACGAUGGCUUGAUUUUGAAAAGACCCUGUGA